UAAUGCAAUUAUGCAACACACAACACACACUCUCUCUCUCUCUGUUUCUGGUUUCGACUUUUCCUUAAAAUCUCAAUCGAGACCAAAAUGUUUUCGAAACUCCAAAAAGCAUCCGAUAAGGCGAGGAUAUUUUGGCAACACAAAGGCAAAGCCAGUUGCUGUGUGUUUCUGAGGCACCUAAGCAUGACCAAGAAGAGCUCCAAAGUUCAGGCUCUCUACGACCUCUGCAACAAGACUUUCACGCCCUCAGGGACACCUCCUCCCUCUUCUCAAGCUAUCCAGAGGCUCUCUUCUCUCUUGGACACUGUUGGCCCAGCUGAUGUUGGGCUCAAAGAAGAACAUUCAGAUGAUGAUCGAGGACAUGGCUUUUUUGGACUUACCGAACUAAACAGGGUAGCACGAUGGGCACAACCAAUAUCUUAUCUGGACAUAUAUGAAUGUGAUAGUUUUACGAUGUGCAUAUUCUGCUUUCCUACUUCCGCAGUUAUUCCACUCCAUGACCACCCCAGGAUGACUGUUUUUAGCAAAGUUCUUUAUGGCUCUUUGCAUGUGAAAGCUUAUGAUUGGGUUGAGCCUGCCCAAAUCCGGGAAAGCAAGGGACCAAGUUCCUUUCCAGUAAGAUUGGCAAAGUUGGCUGUUGAUAAGGUUUUAACAGCACCGUGUGGGACAACAGUUUUGUAUGCAAAGAGUGGGGGUAAUUUGCAUUGUUUUACGGCAGUCACUCCUUGUGCUAUGCUUGACAUCCUCUCACCUCCCUACAGAGAAGAAGCUGGCAGAAAGUGUACUUACUAUCAUGACUACCCUUACUCAACCUUCUCAGCAAGAAAUGGAAUGGAGAUAAUUGAUGGAAAAGAAGAGGACUAUGCAUGGCUUGCAGAGAUAGAAACACCAGAUGAUCUCUAUAUGCGCCAGGGAAAAUAUGCUGGCCCAGCUAUUCAAGUCUAGCUCUCAUCACUUUUGUUUGGUAGAUAGCCCACAUUUCUCAUUUGCAUUUGGCUGGAGCUUUAAACCACAGAAAAUGUUGUUGAAUGUUUACCACUGUAGUCUGACUAAAGGGGUACUGAGAUGCUGAUGCAGUGUGCUUUCUAGUUGGUUGAUAAAAUAUACUUGGAUUGGAGGGUUGUGUUCAUAGAACUGUAACGUGAAUUGAAUGAGUCAUCUCGAUGGUCACUUUUUCUAAGAAUGUAUUCAAGGGCUUCCGUUACACCAAUUUUGAUGUUAUAAAUAUCGAGUGAUCCUUUCUUUA